AUGACGUGGGAAGGAAGCUUUAUGGGAGUUCUUGGAAAGAAUGGAGUGGUGAAGUCUGUCCGCUUCCACCCUGGCGAUGACAAAGCGCGCCAGAUUUGUGUGGUCAAUGUGCAUGAAGGGCCAGAGAUAUCCCUCCCAGGUGCCUCCUUGACGGUUAUCGAAGAUGAUGAAAGUGACAAGGAGAGCGUAGACAAAGGUAGUGACGAAGAAGAGGAGGAAGAAGAAGAGGCCAUGCUCUUGCCUCACGGAAGGUCUCUGAGAUGUUUUCGGGAGCUCGUGUGGCCUCAGCGUUUGGCUCAAGAAAAAAGACGAGCCUUCGAGCCUUCGGUUCGGGACAUGACGGUGAACGACACCAAGGCAGCGAUCCGCACCUUUAAGGCAGCGGUGGAAGGUGUGGCCAGCGCUGUCAAGGGUGAAUGCUCAGCUUAUGUUGAGGACUUUUUUGCCUGCUUUGCGCACCGCUAUCAGCUGAGCUCCUGCGGGGAUGCUACGGUUUCCAAGAUGCUGAAGUGUCAGGUCAUCCUGGAGUUGGGUGACAGCGAAACCAAUGUGAAGUACGAGGACGGCCGCACCAAGCGCGUCGCCAACACCCGUUUGCGCCCGCUGGAGCGUGUCACUCGCGAUGCGACUGGCUAUUCAGGUGAUAGCAGCUUCAAUGACUUCCGCUUCACCAAAAACUGCCUGCCGACCGGCAUUGAGGAGCGGAUGCAGGAUAUUGACAUCAUUCUUGGCUCUUCCGCCAAGGUCCGCCUGGCCGACAGCCACCGGCGGUUAGGGGACUCCCCCUGGUCGCUGUUCCAAGCCAGCUUCCCGGAUCCGCACUCCACGGAUGAGCUGUGCGUGGUCGCGGAGGACAAGCCGCACAAACGCAAGUGGAAGGUGCUGACAAAGGAGAACGGCUUGCUGGUUAGUGCGGAUGCAGAUCCGAACUCAAAGGAGCUGUGCAGGCUGCCAGCCAAUGCCGUGGUUGUAGAGGAUGGCAUUCCGCCCAAGCGGUUGCCAACUGGCGAGCGCCGGCUUCGAAUCCGCUACAAGGCUGAUGCUGCGAAGCAAGCAGAAGGCGACCUGAUUGAUGCCAUGGAGCCGGAGGAGUAUGUCGUAGAGGUGGAAGCAGGAUACUUCGGAGGUCACUGUGGCACAGCGGCCACCUCCAUCCGAGUGUGCUCGAAGGGGGUAUUGAAGACCCUGAACUUCAGGCCAGGAGUGGAGGGCGGGUCAGCAGGCAUCGACAGCGAGCCGGGCAACAACAUGGGCUGGACUCCUCGAGACCGCACCAUGCACGUAGUGCGGAUCACGAUACGCAAAACCGGCUGGCACUCCUUCGAGAUCGUGGACGGCACGGAUGUGGAGAAGACCUGGUCGAAGGACUUCAAGGUCCUUGGAUGGUUUGACGACUACAAGGGCAUCUCGGGCAUCUCCAUCACCGAUCCUGACAACGAAGAACUGGAGCUGGGCAAGGAGCGUGAGUACCACAACAGCGGAACCCACAAGCUGCGCCUGCGGAGGAUGGGGGAGGUGACGGCCGAUGUGGACGACAAAUUCGAUCCUCGUGGUUGGGUCACAAUCCGCAAGACAGACCUGGAAUUGGUUGAGGAGCCCCAUGGCCAGAAGCCCGCCAAGGGCCCUCAGUGCUUCCUGAGGGCUGGUCUUGCCGAGCGACCCACUACCAGCAACAGGUAUCUUCGAUCAGAUCGAUGGCACACAAUCACUGUCACGUCGGACUGCACAGAUCGCACGGUUCUGGUCUUCCUGGAUGGCGUGCAAGCAACAGAAAAGGAGAUCAACAUUGGCGCCACUGCUGCUGGACUUGGAUCGGAUGAUGCGGGAAGAAGGGUGCAGGGUCCUGUCAGCCCUUUGGAGAUGCUGACGACCAGCCUGAGCGCAACUGUUUCUCCAUACGCUGUGCCGCAGGCAGGCUUUCUCCUGUUCGCCAGCAGCAGUGCUCGUGGGAUGCCGGGAGGUAUCAUGUUGAGACGGAUCACCUUCUACAAUACGACAUUGGGUAGCCAGCAAGUGGAGGAGCAGUACCUCAACUCUCGCUACCAGCGUGAGAAGAAGCCGCCGCCACAACAGCUUGCCCUCAGUCCAGCCAUGAAGAAGUCAGCGCCGUAUCUCUGGGUGCACGGUUCCUUCCUUUGCGAAUUUGCUGAUUGCUUCAUCUCCAGUGCGGGUGGAGACUUGGUUCACCUUCUCCGGGCGUUUACCCUCGGUCUUGAGGGUGCCUGCAAGAGUAUCAGUGACAGCCCUGCUGGUGGCAAGCCGCUCUGGUCACCGGAUCAGCAAACCGCGCUGCUGGACGCAGUGGAGCUCUUUCAAAGGUCAGAACCUCUCUUCAAGAAAUGGCAGCCGCUUUGGACAGCAGAGGAGCACGCGGUUCCUUCGCUGGCAGCGUCAUAUGUCCGACGGCUUCAAACGGUGCGGCAGAACUUGCGAAAUCAAGGGGGUCGCUUGCUCAUCCCGCUUGGGAUUAAGACCCUAGACGUCGGUGCUCAGAUGAUCAUGCUGAUUCUGGAGAAGCGGGAUGCGCAGACUUACCGCCUGACCGUCAUCAACUCCGGAUCACCUGGGUUGGACUGGCACGCCUGUUCUUCAGCGGAACCGCCAAAGUUCAAGAGUCAGGCAGCACUGGCGCUCGACAACAUUCCCAGCUGGAAAGCAGAAGACGACGCUUUCUGGGCGAUGCUUGUCAUCACUUCUGCCGUUCCGCCCAGCCCCAUGAUGGGCAAGGAGCCUCUCCCCCUGUACGACAAGUUCAUCCCCUGGCUCAUCGGUUGUCCCUUGGAGCACUACUUGGUGACCAGCAUUUAUGCAUUCGACGGUCAGGCGCCAGAGACCGAGCAGUGCGAAGCUGGGCAGGACCUCCGGACGCCGCAAUAUGGGGGUACUGGUGCGUGGCGCUGUAUGACCUUCGCCUUGCGCUUCCUGCUGCGAGACCGGGGGCUGCCGGUAGUCAGCGCCAAGCUGGUAAAGUGGCAUCUGCGGCGGUCCUUCUUGAAGCUGUCCAUCAAGGACCUGGCCUCUGCCCGGGCUCUCUCCACAUCAGAGCGGACGGUGCUGAGGAUAGGAGCCAAGCAAUUCGCACUGGGCGCUGUGAAGGUGAGCAAUCGCCUGGCGCAAGAUGCGCCGGAGAUGGCAGGGGCUGCCGAGAGACUUCUCAGUGAUGCACGCACAGUGGUUUCUGAGCUGGAGGCGGCCGUGGUGGCCAAACCGGGAGCGCACCAUGUGUGGAACGACCCAUCCGUCUUGCCUGUGCUGGACCUACAGAGUGGUGCAGAGGACCAGCAACCGGAAGCCUGGGGUCUCCACCCCUUCUUCGAGCGGCUGCUGCGCACGGACGUGAGCCCUGGGGCUGCCACUGGGGUGCCGCUUCUGGUGCCCAUUAACCUCAUGCAAGUUCCCACCGUGGUGAAGGAUUUGGACGAGGCCCAUCGAGCCCUGCAGCUCUGCGAGAUCCUUUGCGCCAAGUUGGCCUUUGUAGGCAAAGAGCGGUGCAAGUUUUCUCCGUAUCUCAGAGUGUCUCUGCUGCAGCAUGUGUUCACAGAGCUCGUGCCGCUACCUUUGGGCCCAGCCACGCAGAAGGCGCCGCUGAACCUGCGUGACCACAUUUGGGCACCCGAAGGUUGGGAUGCAGUCCAUCCGCAGAUGACCAGGGCUGGUCAGCUGGAACUGCUGCUGAUUCUCAGACGUUUGGCGGAGCACUUUGCGGCGGCUUCAUGCACCCUCGCCUCCAACAAAGGCUUCGACGCAACAAAGAUCACCGUCUUUGGCGCCAUCGCAAGCAUCGCAGACAGAGUUGCGAGAACCACGGUGCGAAGAUCUAGAGACGUCGGGGCUGAAGAGGGCCCGUCCGCCCUCACCGAAGCCAUGAAUGGCAAGCUUGGGCAACGCCCUGUGGCCGUGGAUCCCAACACAUUCCUGGUGCAGUCGGAGACCAUCGAGACUGCGGCUCCGGAGCUGAAUUUGGCGCGCACGGCGAUUUGUGCUUACUUCUGUGAAGUGAUGAGCCACUAUGAAAUCAAGAAAUUGAAGGACGAGACCAUGUUCGACUGGGACACCUACGGAUGGAUGAUGUACGUCGAGCGCGAAAAGGGUCUGGAGCGAGUUGUGAAGCAAAUGUGCGCCAAGCACCUUCUUGAGACUGGCAAGGAUUGGGGCAAGCUCGUUGCUGGUCACCAGUCGGAGAAUGCUUACCUGGUUCGGACCUGGCCUGAGUUUGCAGCGUUGCGGGACAUCAUCUUUUUCUGGAAGUAUUUCCUCUGCACUGACUUGCGCGUCUUCCCUGAUACGAGCAACUGGCCGCUGCAGGCCGCCUACCUGGCCUGGAACGUCGCCAAUGAAAGCGAGGUGUUUGGACCGCCGACCAACCGAGGCGCCAUCUUCCAGGUUAGUGCCUUUGGCCAGGAUCAUGUGCUCAAGACGAACGAGCCCAACUACAGGCCGAAGCCGUCGGCUAGUGGCCACCGCUAUGCCAGCGCAGCCCUCGCAUCCAAGUACACUGGCCGAGCUGUGGUCCGAACAGAGGAUGACCUGCUGUACCUUCGCUCGUUGCCUACAUUUGAGGACAGGCUGCGGCCCUCGGAUUCUGAGGCCUUGCUGUCCUUCCUGACGGUUCCGUACAUCCGCAUGCCUUUGAUGCUGUCGUUCUUCACAUCUGCAGAUCGCGUCAACUGCUUGUUCAGCGAUACUCUGCGCUCCAUCCUGCACGCGGUGGUGCUGGAGCCAGGGAAGUUCCUCAUGCCUGGACGUUGGAACGAGUGCCCGCAAAUGGUGCCGGCAGCCAGCGCUGCGGAGGCAGAGUUGCUGGCCACACCAUUCGGGCAGCUUCUGACGGAGCUUUCCUGCUCCCCCAAAAUGCCGCUGUCGCUCUCUGGCCGUUUGCUGGAGCUCGCACUGGUCUUGGCCAACUCGGUCACCUCCGACACGGUCGGGGUGGUCCUCUUUGCCGUGCGCGUGGCGGCUCGUGUGGAAUCUGCCACUUCGCUGCUGUUGCGCGCCCACAGCGGCGGCAUCACCUCCUCGCCGCUGCUGGCGGCAUCUCUGAACAUGAGCGAGAGUGUCCUGGCCGAAUUGCGGUCUGGCAAGCAGUACUUGAGGCGACUCUUCCAGGAGGCUUUCCAAUGGAUCGACACGUGGCUGGACGAGCUCAAGGACCUCAUCAAGAAGGAAGCCAGUGCUCAGGACUCUGGGCGCCCUGAGGCACAGCGGGCUCGGGAGGCUGAGACGAAGCAAAAGAGGGUGGACGAGCACAUGCGCUGCGCCUGCAACCUUCACGCGCAUUCCAUCCUGAUGUUGCGCAACGUGGACUUGGAGGAAGACGGCCCCGCCUCAGUGUCCAAGCUGCUGUCGUCCUUCGCCUUCCUGUCGAUGCACCAUACGUUCAAUCUUCAAGAUGGACUGGAGAUACCAGAGCCCGAGCUGUUUGAGAUAUACCACCGCCAUCGGCGACAUCUUGUAGGCUGGUUUGAAACCAGGAUGGAGAAGAAGGAGUACAAGAGCUUCAAUACUGUCCUCCAGACAGUGCACGAGCAGUUCUCCGCCUUGGACGCUGCCAGCUCCAUCGACACGGCGGAGUUUGAGUGGGGCUCGAUUGGAGGGGACCUGCACAACGCGGGCCGCUACUGCGUGGUUGGCCGCAAGCGCUCGGAGGCGGAGCGGGGCGAAAUCACUAGUGUAACUGAGGACAAGUCUGGUGCAACCUGGGUGGAGCUCAACGUGCAGUUGCUGCAAGUCACCGUGCGCGGACGCUACGUCACUCCUUUGGAGGAGGAAACCUCCGGACACACCGACUUCAGAGACAUCCUUCGGCUUCGCGGCCGCGAGGCUAAGACGGUCCAGUGUGCGGCGCUACUUUCCACAGACCUUGUGAAGGUGCGAGAGCUGCUCUCCUUUCCUUUCAGGACACUGCACUGGAAUGAGCGCCCCAGCAAUGCGCUACCUGUGCUUGCUGAUGCUGACCGCAUCUAUGAUGUGGAGGACCUGGAUGCUUCGGAGGGCUUCAUUGCCGAGCUUUUCGAGCCAGUGCGGCGGCAGUUCUUCGCCCAGCCAGUGGUGCCACAGGACAUCCUCUUCUUCUUGCAGGAAGAGAUCCCGGAGGGAGCGGCUGUGGCGGUUCUAACCGGAGUACAUCCAAGGAUCCGUGGCCGAGUUUGGAAGGAGGUCUUAGUCUUCCGGGAGCUGAGAGUUGUGCACAUCUACGGAAUCAUGAACUAUGGAGGGCAAUGCUACAGACGCUUGGAGUACUCAACGAACUGCAAGUACGCCCUUGCAGGCUUGCAGCCGGCCUUUCAAAAUCGACCAUCGCCAUGGCCAGAGUGGGGCCGUCACCAGGCCGGCAAGCCAGAGACGGAGCCCAAGAACUUCCCGGCGAGCGUGGUGCUUUGCCGAACCUUGGUGCGUCGAACACCCAUGAAGGGAGGCGGAGAAGAGGGGCGCGAGCCGCUGGAUGACCCGGCGCAGUGGUCCGACGGAGAUGUGAGUGAGGAGGAGGACGACGAAGGAGAGCGGACAGUCUGGGAAAGAGCGCAGCGAGAGGGAGAGCAGUACUUGCCUUCUCGAGUUCUGGAUGGCUUGCUUCCAGAAGCACUCCUGAAGAACUAUCGCUUCUACCAGACCAACAGUUGGCCCCAUCGGGUGAUUCACGGCUACAAGUUGAACGAGAAGAAGGAGGAGGAGGAGGAAGCCGGCGAGCCGCAGCACUUUGUGGAGGUGAGACUGGUGAAGUGUGCGGAGGUGAUUCCCACCAGGACGCGUGGCUGGCAGGCGACUGUGGCGCUGCACAGCCCUGGGCGACCAACCCACUACUUGUUGAACUUGCUCUAUGCAUCUGAGGGCUCGCCCCUGCAUUCUUUAGCCCGGACGCUGACUCGCUUUGAGGACUUGUCCUUUAUCCUCGCAUGGACCUGCGUCGACCCACAAGGCUCUGCAAAGCAGCCGAGCAUCGAUCUGGUGGAGCUCCCACGGCUGGCGGUGAACUUCAAGUGCAUGCAGAAAGACGGGGAGCUGCGGCUCUACUGCGUGGAUCACGGCGACCUGUUCCUGCCCAAUGGGCCGCCCACAGCGCUUCGCAGCGAAGCUGCACGUUUGCUAUCUCCGCUGCCACACGCCUUGCUCCUGCAGACCGAGAACUCCGAAUUCCACGUGCUUUGCCCCAACGUCAAGGUGUUCAGGCCGGUCAUCGACUCUGAUCCCUUUUCCACGGAGCUUGUCUUUGCCCGUGCUGACUUCAAAUGGAACAAGAAUUCCCGCAACAAGAGCUUUCUCUAUCCCGUACACCCGACCCUGUCCUUUCUGCAGACGCCCACCCAGAACUCCGCGCUGUACCUGCUUCUUAUGCAGUGGCUGCACCGGAACUAUGGGGAAGCGGCCGCGCUGGUGAACAGCAUCGCCACGGAUGACCGCUUGGAUGCUGGAGAAGCGCAGAUCUUCGAGCAAUUGAGCAUCAUUGGGGAUGCGGAUGCUGACACGCACGCCAUUCGGCUGCAGAUCACCCUGGCCAUGAGCAACGCGCCUGGCCUGGAUUGGCCCUGGGAGAACUGCAAGGAGGUGGAGGGCUACUUGAAGAAGCUGUCCCACGUGUCCGCUCGAUGCAGACUUUCCCAAGCAGACGAGACCAGAGUGCUCCGAAUUUGCUCGGAUGAGCGGAAGAGACGGGACCUGGUCCGGGCAGAGGUGAAGGCGAUGAAGCGGCAAUUCUGGGGCUAUUACGGCAAGGUAAAGCUGCAGCGAUACCACAAGAUCCUGACGGACCCAGUGGCAGCACUGGAAGCCACAGCGCAAGAUCACCGCGAGCUGCAAGAAUGGCUGAAGCACAUCAGGAAGAAGGUCCGGGCCGCGCAGCUCCCAGGGGGCCGCGAAGAAGUGAAAGAGGUUCUGACACAGGUGCUUGGUGGCUGGGAGAAGGAGGAUGCGAUGACAUCCUUGGUACUGGAGAAUAGGGAGAAGUACCUGGCUGCCCUGCAGGAUCCCACCCAGCGGCCAUUUGUAGUGCCCUGUCCAGAGAGACCCAAAGAGACAAAGUGGCAAAGCCACUUGGACCAGAACGUUUUGAUGUGCUCUUUGUUCGACCUGCUCUUCGAAGUCCUUGGUGCAGAGCUGCUCCUGCGAGAUGAUGUUGGCGAGGACUCCGAAGGGCCCGAGAUUCCUUUGAUGCGGCGCAUGUCCCUGCCCAUGGCCAUGGAGCAUGCCAAGAAAAUGAUCAACGGCGAGUGUCAGAUCUCCGACACCGGUACCUAUGCGUUGCUCUACUCUGUGUUCACGCGCAGCGUGGCCGUGAAGCUUGGUCGGUCCAAAGACGUCAACUAUCAGCACCAGCACAGCUUUGGCGAGCUGUUGCUUCAGCUCACUCCCGGGGCACGCAACCACGGCAUUCUCAACUCGGUUCUGCACAUCCUUGCUCUCAACCCUGAGACAGCUGCGGGGAUGCCUCAGCUGACAAAGCCGAAGAAAGUGCGGCUGGUCAAGCAGUGGAAGGCCAAGUUGAGCCAGAUCCAGAAAAGCUUGCUGGACGCCGCCUAUGGGCUGCAGCUCCAGUGGCCGCCUCACCCCAAGGACUUUGGCGAGCUCCCGGUCCCAGUGCACUGCGAAGUGGCCAACAUCUUCUUGGAGCUGCCGCCCAACAGUUUGGGAGGCCUGAACCCCCAGCGCCUCUUCAAUCUCCUGGGCGGCAAGGCUUCGUUGAGCCGAAGGCCAGUGAAUGUGGGCCUGGGUUGCGACUGGAGGCUGCUUUGCAGCUCCAAGCUGCAUACCGUCAGCAACGAGGACUUGGACGCCUUCGCCUCUCGACCUCUUCAUGCUCUAGUGGAGAAGCACAUUCGCUUCGAAGACCCAGCAGAAGAGGCAGCGGCAGACAUGCCCUUCGUCCUUGACGCACACCCGGCCAUGCAGCAUGCGGUGGCAAAGGCCUUCAUGGGCCGGCUCGCCAAAGAGAUGAAGAACUAUGCGGCCAUGCACAACAAGCAGAAGCGCCCCAGGCUGAUGCACAUGGACAUUGAUGGCAUUGUGGCAGGUGGCAAGGAGCCGCUGGAGAAGGCCAUGGCGCAGCUGGAGGAUUUGUUCAAAGGGCUGCAGGCCGUGAAGAAGCAGGACGAGAACUUCAUCAGCACCACCAUCGACCGCGUGAUGAAGGCAGUGGACGCUUGCAGCACCACCAGCGAGCGCCCCGACCAUCCUGUGGAGCGCUUGCAUUUCUGGCUCCUGCGAUACGCCGGUCACGAGACGGAGAUGUGGUUUCAGCUACUUUGCAGAACAUUGCUGAGCCCGGACUGCAUGACCGACUUCCAGCGCUUCAAUCCCUUCCUUACAGAGGAGGAAGUCCAGGAGUUGCUGGCAGCUUUGGCACAGAUGAUGCUUGUCACCUCUCGAAGACAGCAAGUUUGCCGGGCUAUGGACCACUGCCGCAACCUCCUGAGCUUACUGGGUCGUGAUAAUGCCUCCAGCUCGGCAGUGGCUCUGAAGGCAGGUCUCACGGAGAAGAGCUCCCUUCUGUCCAAUGCGAUAGCUGCUGAGCGCAUAUACAUCUCUGAGAAGGAUGGAAAGAAAGGCUUCGACCCGCGCUUCCUUCUCUUCGAGUUCAUCUCGGGCUUCCUUCUGCGGCCUCGGCAGGUGGAGAUGGUGCGAGAGUUCCUCAACAUCAUCCAUUCCGGAGGCAGUGCAGUCAAGCAAAUGAUCAUGGGCCAGGGGAAAACCACAGUGGUGACGCCUCUCCUCUCUUUUGUGCUGGCGGACUCUGAGCACCUCGUCGUCAUCGUGGUGCCACACGCGCUGCUGGAGUUCUCGCGCUCCGUGCUGCAGGGGACCUUUGCCUCGGUGGUGCAGAAGCAGGUGUCCACCUUCAAAUGUGAUCGUGCCGUGGACAUUGACUUCAACUUCUCCUUGAGCGUGGAUGCUGUCAGGCGGCAAGGAGAUCUCAUUGUCACUACGCCAGGAGAUGUGAAGUCUCUCCUCUUGAGAUUCCUGGAGCAACUGGAGGUCUCCAGCGACCGGCGCUCCAAGAAGAAUACUCCACAGCUCCGGCGAGAGACGCUGGAGAUGGGGAAAGUGCUGCAGAUGUUGCGAAAGCAAAGCGUCUGCAUGUUGGACGAGGUCGACCUUAUUCUGCACCCGCUCAAGUCGGAGUUGAACUUCCCCACCGGCCCAAAGAGCCUGAUCCACCACGCGCCGGAGCGUUGGCGCCUUCCGCUCCAUGUCCUGGACGGCUUCUUCGCCGCAGAGGAUCCGGCGAGAACGCCGGCUCAGCUGAAGGAGUCCCACGCGGCACGCCAGAUCUUGCAGACCCUGUCCGAGGUGGUGUUGCAGGGCACAGAGCGGAAGCAGCUGCAAAAGAACCCGCACCUGGUCCUACUCUCAGAGGACUUCUUCCAUGACGAGAUGAAGCCGAUCCUUUGCCAGUGGCUGUGCCUGUGGCUGACGAUCGAGCACGUGGGCCGAGUGUUUGAGGAGGGAUUUUCACCCAGCGAUCGGGGAUUGUCGGAGGAGGAGAUCACAGCCUAUUUGAUCACGAGGACGAGUCCAGUGGACGUGCAGAUGGUUGGCAGCAAAGAAGAGUGGGCCCAGUGGGCUGCGGACGCCCCAUGGCUUCAGGAGCUUCUGGCGGCGGGCAAAGGCUCUGCCGAGGGCGAGUUCAAUCCAGAGCUGGUGAGCAAGGAGCAGCGCGGGAUCUCUCUGCUUACAGAGUACAAGGCCACCAUCCUGGAGGGGGGCGACCAGCUCCGCCUGAAGCUCCGCGAGACCCCGGCAGCGCUGGAGAGGCGCUUGGCGCGCGUGAACCGACUUCCAGCCAAAGAUGUGCAGACGCUGAACUUGGGCGGCGAGUGGCUGCAGACCUUCUUGCCCCACUGCCUGCAGAAGAUCGACAGAGUCACCUUCGGCAUCAUGACGGAUGAGCAGGUGAAAGCUGCUCUUGCCGAGCAGCCGCUCAUGCCGCUGACCCGUUCCAAGCUGGCGAUUCCCUUUGUGGGCAAGGAUGUGCCAUCGCAGAGCUCUGAAUUUGCCCAUCCUGACAUUGUGCUGGGCCUGACCUCUUUCGCCUACCGAUAUGAGGGUCUCCGGCGGUCAGACUUCGAUGAGGUCAUGUCUGCUCUCGCAGACCGCCUGGAGAACGAAGGAGGUGGCUCCCAACUCGAGAGACCAACGGCUCUGCGCUGGAAGGCUUGGGUGGAGGAAGCAGGUGCUGUGUUCUGCGUCAAGCAGCGGGAGAUGGACGAGCGGACCAAUGAGGACACCGGAGAAGAUCCUCGAGCAGACAAGCGCCCUCGAGUGCUUCCCCUUCAUCUUCUGGAAAAGACAAACGCGCCUCAGAUGCAGCGGCUCUUUGAACUCUUCAGGAGGCUGCCAUCUGCCAUUCACUUCUACUUGGAGAACAUCAUCUUCCCCAACUUCAUGCGCUUCCAGGAGCAGAAGUUCUCUGCUUCUGGCCAGGAGAUGGGCGGAUCCAUCCUCUUCCGGCAAAGGCUCGGCUUCUCCGGCACGCCCAGCGAGCUCAUGCCGCGCGAGCUGGGGCAAUGCGAAUACGAGCCUGGCAGCGAGGGCGAGGUGGUGAGCACUUUGACGUCUCCUUCCAUCGUGUCCUUCAAGACCCUGGGCUCUGACUGGACCGUGGAGGCGCUCCUGGACGCUGUGGCUGAAGCCGCCGAGCGCGGGGAGUGCCAAGCGCUCAUCGACACCGGCGCACUGGUCACCGGCCUCACGAACAAGGAGGUGGCAGAACACCUGCUGGGCUUCAAGAAGCGUGCGGAUGGCACGAUGCCAGCGAUACUGCCAGAGUGGAUCGAGGGCGUGGUGUACAUCGAGGAGGACGGUGCCAAGCGCAUUCUGAACCGCCAGUCCCGUGAGGUGGGCAAACUCGCUGACAGCGGCGUGCCCAUCUCUGCGAGGUUCUGCUUCUAUGACCAGAUUCACACCACAGGCAUGGACAUUCAACACCGUCUUGAUGCUGUGGCUGCACUGACACUGGGCAAGGAUAUGGUGUGGCGCGACUUUGCACAGGGCGCAUACAGGAUGCGAGGAAUUGGCCGAGGACAAAGCAUAUGCCUCUACAUUAUUCCUGAGAUUGAGCAGCUGAUCUAUCGCGACAUGGGCCUUGCUCACUUGGCACAGUUGCCUCGCUUUUCAACGCUUGGACAUCGGCACAAGGGCGUCCUCGAUGCCGUUGCCUGCUGGCUGCUUUGCCAGUCCAUGCGCACCGAGAAAGUGCAGUACGCCAUGCUCCAGCUGCAGAACCUGGCAAACGUGUGGCGCAGGAGCUCCCUGGCCCUGGUCAUGGGUGACUACGAGGCCAUGGCUGGCAUGAAGCCGGACACCCUGGCGCGGAUCCAGGUUUACAAGGAGCCCAUCGACUUCAAGGUGCCUUCCAAAGUGCCGCAAAUGGACACCAUGGGCGCCGCUGCCGAGCGCAGGAUUGACGCCGCUCAACGAUUUGUGGAAGAUGCUGAUAGGCCGGAAGUGGAAGAGAUUCGAGGCAACAUGCAGCGGUUGGCUGAGGCCGGAGCUGAGUCUCAAGAAACCGAAGGAGAGCGUGGUCUCGAGACUGAGCAGCAGCGGGAGCAGGAGCAGGAGAGGCAGCAGGAGGUCGAAGAGGAGAGCCAGAGGGAGCAGGAGAUCCAAAUCGAGAAGUUUGUGGAUUUGAUGCACUGCCGAGAUCAUGAGGAGCCAGUUCCAUGGGAUGUGGAUACCCUCUCGGUGCCGGAAGAGAAGACUUUACCGAAGCAGUUCUACGAGGCCCGCGAUUUUUGCCUUUGGAAGAGACAGCCGCUGAAGUCGCUGCCGGAGGAGUGCUUGCUUUCAAGGAACUGGUUUGAUCCUCAAUGGAGCGGAUUCAGACGCGUGAAGAAUGUCUUCAUGCAGCUGGAAUGGGUCACGGACAGGUCCCGCCUUCAGCGCGGCAAGAACGAAGUACCCCUCACUCGUGCAGAAGAGCACGAGAUGCACCGCAAGAUGCACCUGAUUUGGGACCUGCUGAAUCGCAAAGGGGCCGGUGAGUGCGAGAUGGCGCCCAAGUGGCGCUACCGCGCCGAGGAGGCCCAGGGCUCCCCUGCGUCCCAAGGCGGGCAGCACGUGGAUUUCGAGCCGCCGGAAGGCCAGAUCCUCCACAUGGAGAUCCUGCGGCUGUUGCAGGCCUCCUUUGACUGGGACACGGCGUUUCACCGGGUCUCCACCGCCAUGGCGGUUCUGCAAAGCGGAGGCGAUCCCGAGGUAGCGGUGGCAACAAAAGCUUGCUCGGAGGAGGAUGCACGCCUUGGCUACGUGGACGCUUGCCGGUUGCUGCGUUCCGCAUAUUUCCGCCCGCGAGAUGAGGGGCGUGGCUUCAUCGUGCUAUCUUUGGCCGAGGCCGAGACACUCCGCAGGAUCAUGCACUGUCGCGUGGGCAGACCUUUGCUGCCGCAGCAUCCGGAGACCAGUGUGGCCUUGCGCUGUGUCAUGUCCAACCACAUGGUCUUCGACGAGUCGUUGGGCUUCGGAGCCGGGCCCAAGUUUCAGACAUCGACGAUGCAGCAGGUGGCGCGUUUCUUGGACUGCCAGACCUUCUACCGUGAGCCGGAGAUCUCGGUGCUGCUGCGCGCCAUUCAGCACGACCAGCCCUUUGCGCGGCGCCGAUUCCUGGAAAGCCUGGGCAGCUGCAGACGUAGGGCCUUGUCCAACUGGCAGGAGCAGCCAAUUUCUGCAGUGCUGCAGAGGAACUGGCUAGAGUUUGACCAAACCCUGUCACGACUGCGAGCCGUGCGCCUGAGAGACGCCAUUGAGGGUCAAGGCUUGUCGGUGGAGGCCGCGUUCCAAAAGUACGACGUGGACAAUUCGGGACUGCUGGAGCCAAUGGAAUUCUGCCGGGCGCUGCAUGAUUUGGGCUUUGCAUUCACGGCGGAAGAGGUUGCAAAUUGGGUCGAAGCGAUCGAUGAGAAUGGUGACUACUGUGUGGACAAUCAAGAGUUCCUGGCCUUUGUGAAGACCCAAGUGAACAGCCUGCUGACCAGCGGCAUCUCCGGCCACAGUUCCUUGCCGGAGUCCAUUGGCACAGCCAAGAAGCCAAAGGUGCAAGACAUCUCGCAUCACAAGCCACUUGGAAGAGGCAAACCAGCGACGUGGUCACUGCAGCAGAGGUGGAACAAGAAGUGCACUUGCGGAAAGCCAGGCAGCGGAAGGCAGAAGCUGACGAGGAGCGGCUGAAGGCUGAGGAGGAGGAGGGGAUCGAGGUACUGAUUGAAGAAGAGCUUGGACAGAAUCCAGAAAGCGGUGAAGGUUGGACGGAGUACAACUUCCAGGCUGCACGACUGCCGAAGGAAACCUAUGCACUCGGAGUCGUGGAGCUGGUGCCUGAGCUCUAUGGCUCCUCAGGGAAGAGCUUCUGCUUGCUGGAGCCCGGGGCAGGCGGUGAAAGAACUUCAGCUACGCGGCACAGCUGGCGGCCGAAUCAACUGCUAUUCCUUGACGCUGUGGUUCCGAGUGCCGAACCUGCCCUUGAAAGCGGACCGGCUCAUUUUCCUGGACUUUCCGAGGCAGAGCAACGAUCCUCAGCAGUUCGACACGCCUGAGGAGGAGCAGAACACCGGCAAAAUCUUCAUUUGGAAGAAUGGCAUUGUUGCGCCAGAAGGUUGCCAUGAGCCCCGCGUACUCUCCAAGAAAAAGCGAAGGAACCAUGCCUCUCGCGGCACACCAUCGGCCAUGGCGGCUGGGGAGUGGCAGCUGAGAUUCACCAUCCAGGCGGGCAGGACGGCAAGGAAGAGAACGAAGAAGGCGAGGACGGAGGUGAGUCAAAGAACAAGGAGAAUGACGAGAACGAGGAGAAUGAUGAAACCGCUGAACACAAGGACGGUGAUGCAGAGAAGGAGGA